GGCUCUGGGUGCUCGGGUGCCUGCGGAGAGCGGGUGGGCGGGCGUGCGCGCGUGGCGGACGAGGCAGAGGCAGCCGGUGGUGGUAGCGUGGUCCCAAGGAGUUGCAACGGCACAAGGGGGAGGAUGGCGGAGUCUUCGGACAAGCUCUACAGGGUCGAGUACGCUAAGAGCGGGCGCGCCUCCUGCAAGAAAUGCGGCGAUAGCAUCCCCAAGGACUCUCUCCGGAUGGCCAUCAUGGUGCAGUCCCCCAUGUUCGACGGAAAGGUCCCACACUGGUACCACUUCUCCUGCUUCUGGAAGGUCGGCCACACCAUCCGGCACCCUGAUGUCGAAGUAGAUGGGUUCUCCGAGAUUCGGUGGGACGACCAGCAGAAAGUCAAGAAGACUGCAGAGGCCGGCGGAGUGACGGGCAAAGGCCAGGAUGGAAGUGGCAGCAAGACGGAGAAGACGCUGGGUGACUUUGCAGUAGAAUAUGCCAAGUCCAACAGAAGCACAUGCAAAGGAUGUAUGGAGAAGAUCGAAAAGGGCCAGAUACGCCUGUCCAAGAAGAUGCUGGAUCCAGAGAAGCCACAGCUGGGCAUGAUCGACCGCUGGUACCACCCAAACUGCUUCGUCAGCAACAGAGAGGAGCUGGGUUUCCGGCCUGAGUACAGUGCGAGCCUGCUCAAGGGCUUCAGCCUCCUCUCUCCAGAGGAUAAAGAAGCCCUGAAGAAGCAGCUCCCAGGAGUCAAGAGUGAAGGAAAGAGAAAAGGUGAUGAGGUAGAUGGAAUUGAGGAAGUGGCCAAGAAGAAAUCUAAAAAAGAAAAAGACAAGGAUAGCAAGCUUGAAAAGGCCCUCAAGGCACAGAACGACAUGAUCUGGAACAUCAAGGACGAGCUCAAGAAAGUGUGUUCAACUAAUGACCUGAAAGAGCUCCUUAUCUUCAACAAGCAGCAAGUGCCUUCCGGGGAGUCGGCGAUCUUGGACCGAGUUGCUGAUGGGAUGGCGUUUGGCGCCCUCCUUCCCUGUGAGGAAUGCUCAGGCCAGCUGGUCUUCAAGAGCGACGCCUAUUACUGUACCGGGGAUGUCACUGCCUGGACCAAGUGUAUGGUCAGGACACAGACACCCAACCGGAAGGAAUGGGUGACCCCAAAGGAAUUCCGGGAAAUCUCUUACCUUAAGAAACUGAAAGUCAAAAAGCAGGACCGUUUAUUCGCCCCAGAGACCAGCACCCCAGUGGCAGCUGCACCCCCACCCUCCACUGCCUCGGCACCCACUACUAUGAACUCUUCUGCUCCAGCAGAUAAACCGUUAUCCAACAUGAAGAUCCUGACUCUUGGGAAACUCUCUCGGAACAAGGAUGAAGUGAAGGCCACCAUUGAGAAACUCGGGGGAAAGAUGACAGGGACAGCCAACAAGGCCUCCCUGUGCAUUAGUACUAAAAAGGAGGUGGAGAAGAUGAGUAAGAAGAUGGAGGAAGUUAAAGAAGCCAACAUUCGUGUUGUGUCUGAGGAUUUCCUCCAAGACAUCUCAGCCUCCACUAAGAGCUUUCAGGAGUUGUUCUCAGCACACAUCUUGUCCCCCUGGGGGGCUGAGGUGAAGAUGGAGCCUGUUGAAGUGGUGGCCCCCAAAGGGAAGUCAGGGGGGCCCAAGAAGAGCAAGGGCCCUAUCAAGGAGGAAGGUAUCAACAAAUCUGAAAAGAGAAUGAAACUAACUCUUAAAGGAGGAGCAGCUGUCGAUCCUGAUUCUGGUCUGGAGCACUCUGCACAUGUCCUGGAGAGGGGCGGGAAGGUCUUCAGUGCCACCCUCGGCCUGGUGGACAUCGUUAAAGGAACCAACUCCUACUACAAGCUACAACUUCUGGAGGAUGACAAAGAAAGCAGGUAUUGGAUAUUCAGGUCCUGGGGCCGCGUGGGCACAGUGAUUGGUAGCAACAAACUGGAGCAGAUGCCAUCCAAGGAAGAUGCUGUUGAGCACUUUAUGAAACUAUAUGAAGAAAAAACUGGGAAUGCCUGGGACUCCAAAAAUUUCACCAAGUAUCCAAAAAAAUUCUACCCUCUUGAGAUUGACUACGGUCAGGAUGAAGAGGCAGUGAAGAAGCUGACAGUAAACCCUGGCACCAAGUCCAGACUCCCCAAGCCAGUUCAGGAUCUCAUUAAGAUGAUCUUUGAUGUGGAAAGUAUGAAGAAAGCCAUGGUGGAGUAUGAGAUUGACCUUCAGAAGAUGCCCUUGGGGAAGCUGAGCAAACGGCAGAUCCAGGCCGCGUACUCCAUCCUCAGUGAGGUCCAGCAGGCCGUUUCCCAGGGCACCAGUGACUCCCAGAUCCUGGAUCUCUCAAAUCGCUUCUACACCCUGAUCCCCCACGACUUUGGGAUGAAGAAGCCUCCACUCCUGAACAACGCAGACAGCGUGCAGGCCAAGGUAGAAAUGCUGGACAACUUGCUGGACAUCGAGGUGGCCUACAGUUUGCUCAGGGGUGGGUCUGAGGAUAGCAGCAAGGACCCCAUCGAUGUCAACUAUGAGAAGCUUAAAACUGACAUUAAGGUGGUUGACAGAGAUUCCGAAGAAGCCGAGAUCAUCAGAAAGUACGUUAAGAACACUCACGCAACCACACACAAUGCCUACGACUUGGAAGUUGUUGAUAUCUUUAGGAUAGAGCGUGAAGGGGAGACCCAGCGCUACAAGCCCUUCAAGCAGCUCCAUAACCGAAGGUUGCUGUGGCACGGGUCCAGAGCCACCAACUUUGCUGGCAUCCUGUCCCAGGGUCUCCGGAUAGCACCACCCGAAGCGCCUGUGACAGGCUAUAUGUUUGGUAAAGGAAUCUAUUUUGCCGACAUGGUCUCCAAGAGUGCCAACUAUUGCCACACAUCCCAGGGAGAUCCGAUAGGCUUGAUCCUGCUGGGGGAAGUUGCUCUUGGGAAUAUGUAUGAGCUGAAGCAUGCUUCGCAUAUCAGCAAGUUACCCAAGGGCAAGCACAGUGUCAAAGGUUUGGGCAAAACGACCCCUGACCCUUCAGCAAGUAUUACUCUGGAUGGUGUAGAGGUUCCUCUUGGGAAUGGGAUUUCAUCUGGUGUUAAUGACACCUGUCUACUGUAUAAUGAGUACAUUGUCUACGACAUUGCUCAGGUAAACCUGAAGUAUCUGCUGAAACUGAAAUUCAAUUUCAAGAUGUCCUUGUGGUGAACUCUGAGCUAUGGCGGAGUCCCACUCCAGCAACUCUUGUGUGGCUUCACCUGACGUGCUCGUAUGCUGACGACUCAUCAGAAACUUCCGCUGAAUUGCUGGUGGAUAUUACCUUUACUAACUGUCCCUAGAAAGGAUUUUAUAUGAACAGAUGGUCACAUGUUAAAAGGUUUUUCCAAACUUUUCAAAUCCCUCAUUUUGUGUUCUGUUUGAGGGGAGGAUGGGUUAUUUUGAUUUUUUGCUCUCCUGGGAGGUACAACUGACAAGAGAGGAAAUGUUGGGGAGUUUUUUUGUGUUUCGUUAUAUUUUGGUUUGUUGUAUUUUUUUUUUUUUUUUUUUUUUGCCCAGACCCAUCCUAUGAGAAGAACUAAAAACUACGUUAGAACAUCUGCCUUACUGGUUUCCCCAGGAAGGAAAAAAUUUGCUUCAUGCUUCUACCCUUUCUCUUUUAAGUGUUCAUCUUUUAGUUUUAAUUUUGGAAAAAUGUUAGGCAUUUAUUUUGAGGUAAAAAUAAAAACUAAUUUCAUACUAAUUAGGUUUUCUUUUAUUUUGCACUUAUUGUCCCCUUUUAGCUUUUUCUUUUUUUUUUUUUUUCUUCUUUUGAUGAGGGUGUGGGGAGACGAAAAGGAGGGAACACUUACAAUUUCUCUUACUUAGAAACAAAAAGAGCAUUCCUUUUCUAGAAACACUUGAACACGGAAGCUCUCCAGAUACAUAGUAUAGUAAAUUAAAGGUUGUAUUUGAAAAUCUUGACUCUCCUAUGAGCAAUUUUGUCUUCCAGAUUAAAAUUAUAUUGCUGAUAUACCCAAGGGCUAAUAGUAAUUGUAAUUAAAAUGGAAAUGGCUUCUUUA